GGAAAGCGCGAGCUGCCCGCCUACCGUCCUGCAUCGCACCUGCGCGUCGUUGGAGAGAUGUCAGGAGGCUGGCCGUGUGCGGCACCUGACUCCUUCCGGUCUGACCUUGCAGGCUUCUGGCGCCUCUCCUCCCCACCCACCCCGUGCCCUGGACUUGCCCCCCGUGUCUCCCCCAGGGCGCGAAGUUCCUGAGCGGCCGGGAGCGAAGGGGGUUCGCAUACGGCCACCCCUCUUCACCCGGGAGGCAGGAAAGCAAGCCUUUUUUGAGCGGACCACAACACUAAUUUACCUCUUUCUGUCUUGCAGAACCUCCGGGCUGCGUCGCUUUUUUGCCCUCCUAGGUCUGCUGCAGUGGGGCAGGAUCAAAGUGUAAAGGCUCCUCCAAGACCUGACUCCAGUGGACCCUCUAUAUAUUCACUACUGCUCUUGAAGUUUUGCAGCAGAAUGCUUUUUCCUUCCUUUCCAUUUGAAUAAGGCUACUGCUGCUGCUUUGAGAUGAUGAUUCUGAAGUUAAAAAAGAUGAAGUAACUUUGUCAAGGUCACACGGUGAUAUAUUUCUUGAUAGCUAACCGGAACAAUGGAAAGCAUGGGGAAAGCAAAUAAAAAGGAUAUACAAAAUGGACCAUCAAAAGAAUUCAAACUGCCUGCCAGUGAAGCACUUCUAGACUACCACCGUCAAAUAAAGGAAAACACAGUGGAGAGAUUCAUGUUUCAAAUUAAGAAGCUUAGAGAAAAGAACCAAAAGUAUCAUGAAAGAAAUAGACGCUUAAAAGAGGAACAGAACUGGCACAUAAAGAAUCUGCUAAAGGAACUGAGUGAGAAGAAAUCAGACGGAUUGCCAGUUGUAACCAGAGAGGAUGUUGAAGAGGCAAUGAAGGAAAAAUGGGAGUUUGAAAGAAACCAGGAAAAGAACUUGGGAGAUAUGCGCACACAAAUAACUAAUGCCGAGAAACUAUUUCUUGAGAAAUUCGGUGAAAAAGAAUAUUGGGAAGAGUACAAGAAUGUAAGGAGUGAACAACAUGCUAAACUCAUUACCUCCUUACAAAAUGACAUCAAUAAAGUUAAAGAGAAUGCAGAGAAAAUGUCAGAACAGUAUAAAAAAACUCUGGAAGAUGCUAGAAAGAAAAUAAUCAAAGACACUUUGCUGCAACUGGACCAAAAGAAGGAAUGGGCCAUACAGAAUGCUGUCAGUUUGAUUGACAGGGGUAGUUAUCAGGAGAUCUUGGAGAACGACUGGCUAAAAAGAGAGAUUGCAAUUCACAGGAAUGAAGUUGAAGAAUUAGAAAAUACUAUUCAUGAACUAGAAGAAGAAAAUUUGGUGCUUAUUGAUCAGCUUUUCAACUGUAGACUUGUGGAUCUCAAAAUACCCAGGCGACUAUAUCUUAGUCAAGCUGCUGGUCAGGAAAUACCACCUGAAGACAUGCCUUUGGAACUGGCAGAAACAUAUAUAGAAGAGAAGUCAAAAUUGCAACCCACAGGAGAAUGUAAAGACACAUUGAGCUCAUCAGGUGAAAGCAGUUCCAUCCAACACAGCCUUGAAGACAGUGCCAGAAAUAUCCAUCUGAAGACAGAUGAAGAGGACAGCUCAUGUACAGAGUCUGGGGAUUCUCACAUGAAAUAUUUACUGUAUGAGGAUGAGUGGGAUUUCAAGGAACAUGUGGAUUUGGGACCCCUGGCAGUGAAGCUCAUGCGUGUGGAGAGCAAGAAAAUGCCCAUUCACUUUCAAGAAAAGGAAAUUUCAGUCAAAUUUGAUGAAGAUGUCAGCAGCCCAGAAAACCGUAUCACAUAUAAGAUGAUGAACUUUCUCUAAGAUUGAAAGCUGA